AUGGGUGAUAUUUUAGUAGGUAAAUUAACGGCGCAGAUGGCAAAAGAGUCAUCGUAUGCUACGGAAGAUAGAUUAUUACGAGCCAUCCUAGGCAUUCAGGUAUCCACUUCAAAUGAAACUUCUCUAAAGUUACCUAUUGGCGGUAGAGGUCGAGUUAUUGAUGUGAGAUGGAUUCACAAAAGAAGGGUUUCUAGUUAUAAUCCAAAAAUGAUUCGUGUAUAUAUUUCACAAAAGUGUGAAAUUAAAAUGGAGGAUAAAUUAGCUGGAAGACAUGGAAAUAAGGGUAUCAUUUCAAAAAUUUUACCUAGACAAGAUAUGCCUUAUUUGCAAGAUGGAAGACCUAUUGAUAUGGUAUUCAACCCAUUAGGAGUACCCCCAUGCAUGAAUGUAGGGCAGAUAUUUGAAUGCUCUCUUGGGUUGGCGGGAAGUCUGCUAGAUAGUCAUUAUCGAUUAGCACAUUUUGAUGAGAGAUAUGAGCAAGAGGCUUUGAGAAAACAAGUCACUUCUGAAUUAUAUGAAGCCAAUAAGCAAACAGUGAAUCUAUAG